AUACAAUUAACUUUCAAUUAUUAUAUAGGCAAAAUGCUUAAGGUAAUAGGAAUAACUUCCAAUUUAAUCCAGUUGCCAUUCAUUCAUCGGCCAUUGUAAAAUAGCAGAAUCGGGGCUCUGGUAUACCAUGAUAGGUGUUGACUUUCUCUUAUUUAAAAAUCCUAAGGAACUUAGACACGUAUAAUAUAUACUCCUGAAAGAAGAUACAGGUGAGUCUAUCGUCUCGCAGUUCUGUCUGUAAAAUUACGUGAUGACUCAAAACAAUAUUCAUGAUUUUUUCUAGAUGUAAAUAAGAAAUAACAUUCAACGCAAAUAACCCAUCAGUAGGUAUAAUCAACCUACACGAAUGCUGCGGCCUACAGUGGAAUCCGUGAUAUACACAUAUGUGAUGAUUCAAGCAAACGAAAAACACUUCAUAAAUUAAUGAGUAUUAUUACCCUCUGCUUGAGUUCUGUUGCAUGCAGCAUUCCUCACGAGAUUUGAUUAUCCUUAACCCACUUGUGACAUCACAUUCAACAACAAGCAUUUUAUAAUUUCUGUGUAAAAUUCGUGCGGGCUUCGGGAAUGACGUGAAAAUUGCAAUGACAGUGAUCUAAAAAUAAGGUCGACAGCGUCGCGCCGCUGCGCGCGUUCUCUCUUCAGUCGAGGACCAACCGCCGCGAGUUACAGUCGAACGAAUCAUAAAUCAGCAGCCAUGGUAUACGAGAGUGACUUCUACACGACCCGCCGCCCCUACAGGCCCAGCACCAGCUACAGCACCGUGACGCCGUUGUCGUCAGUGUACUACCUAUCGUCUUUACUACCCUACUAUCACUCGCCGUACAUUACGUACGUACCCAAGCUCUCUCAGGCUGAGCUGAUAUACAGGCCGACUUCUCGCACUGUCACUCGACUCGUCACAUACCCGGAGGCGCCCCACCACGUCGUCCGCGUGCGCGUGCGUCCAUCAGUGAUCCUGCGUGAGCUGGACCGCAUUGCGUACCGCCACCGCCCCGCUUUGUCCAUCUCAGCUGUCGACGAUUUCUGCCGCUCUGAAUCAACCAAGGCCUUCCAAGAUGAGACAAGCCGCAUUCGCGCCGAUACCGCUGCCUUGUUGCAGCGCGCGCGUUCUGUCGUGCCCCGUGCUUCAUCUGUAGCACCCCUCGACACAAUCUACUCAUACUCGUACGGAGAGCCGGUCCCAUACCGUUUCAGCAAUGACGCGUACGUCGCUAAGCUGCUGGUGCCCCUCCGCAGUGUGGCCGAACACAUCAACAACAUCUCCCACUACAACGAACCCGCCAAGAGGUUCACCGGACGCGGACACCUCGCAUGCGUCCACUACUCCGGUAAAAAGGGCUUCUCCAGCCGUAAGCCUCUCUACAAGGAACUCAGCAUCAGGGACGACGUGAACCUGCUCUCUUUCUAUGCCAAGAAUAGACUGGCAGCUGCCGGUUUGGCCGUCGAGAGUGCCACAGUGAAGCUGCUCCCAUGGAGGCCGAGCCGCAAGUUCCAGGUCCCGCAGAUGAUGGAGGACCCGGCCUUAGAGCUGAAGGCAGCCAAGGCUGAACGUGAAGCCAGGUUCCGUGCCACUACUGCUGAGCCUGUACUGGCCCCAGCUGCUGACUUGGCUGAAAUUAAAAGGAAGAGGCAAGAAGAAGCUCGUGCUGCCGAAGAAAAAGCUUUGAAAGAAGAAGCAAAACGUGAAGCUGAACGCAAGGCUCAAGCCGAACGCGAAGCUGCUGAGAAGAAGAGAGCAGAGGAGGAAGCUCGCAAGGCCGAAGAAGCUAAACGCAAGGCCGAAGAGGACGCAAGGAAAGCUGAGGAAGAAGCUCGUCUGGCCGAGGAAGCUCGUAAAGCCGAGGAGGCCAGGCUAGCGGAGGAAGCCAGGCUGGCCGAGGAAGCCAGGAUUGCUGCCGAAGCUAAGAAGGCAGAGGAAGCCAGACUAGCAGAGGAAGCUAGAUUGGCUGAAGAGGCCAAGCUCGCAGAAGAAGCCCGUUUAGCUGAGGAAGCGAGGUUAGCCGAAGAAGCCAAGUUAGAGGAGGAGAGGCAAGCGGAACAGAGGAGGCAAGAGGAACUUGCUCGGUUAGAGGAACUGGAGAAACAAGCGGAAGAAGAACGCGAAGCCGAACUUGCACGACAGGCUGCUGAAUUAGCUGAAAUCGCCAGACAAGAGUCAGAACUCGCUGCCGCGCGCCUUGAGGAGCUCUCACAGAGUGGUUCUGCAGCGGAAGUCCCGGAGGUUGAAGCUAGUGAACCAGUUGCAGAUGAGCCACAGCCCAUUGUCGAAGAGCCCGAAUCUCCCGAGGUAGUCCCUGAAACACCCGCCGAGGCCGAAGUUGAAGCCGCAGAGGUCAGCGAAGACGAACAAGCGGAACCCGACCUAACUGACGAGGAAUAAAUAAAAACUAAUUAAUAUCUUAAAGUUAAGCAUUUUCUGUAUCAAAUAUAUGUUAAUGCUAAACAUGAUUCAUGGGCAUUUUGGUCUAGAGUAGACAUGAAUGAUGUGAUAGCAAUAAGGUGGUUGUCACCAUCACCGUCCUUUCUUCUGCGUAAUUAAAUUACGCAAAAAUGAAAGUUGUCCUUCAUAGAAUACGUAUGAAUAGGAAAUCGUCUACCACCGUUAACCAAUUAAAUUAUUAAACUAAAAAUUAAAUGUUACUAGCAUAAGUGUUUUAAUGAUGUUAUAUUUUGUUAAAUUUUAACAAUAAAAGACAUAUUAACA